CAUGCUAGAUCCUGAGGGCAGUGUGGAGCACAAGCCUUCCUCUUCCUUCCCCAAAGUUUUCCUCAUCCCUCUAGCCAUGCUCCUUGCAAUUGCAGCGCUCCUGCUUUUAGCAUUUUCCGCUACGCAGCAGAAAGAGCCUGAUUUUUACACUUUCAAAGUUGUAAACAUCAGGGGCAAACUAGUCUCUCUGGAGAAAUACAGAGGCUCGGUGUCGCUAGUUGUCAACGUUGCGAGUGAGUGUGGGUAUACAGAUAGCCACUACAAGGCCUUGCAACAGCUACAGAGAGACCUCGGCCCAUAUCAUUUCAAUGUGCUGGCAUUCCCAUGCAAUCAGUUUGGGCAGCAAGAACCAGACACUAACAAAGAAAUUGAGAGUUUUGCGCGAAAGACUUAUGGUGCCUCCUUUCCUAUGUUCAGCAAAAUUGCAGUCAGCGGAGCUGCUGCAAUUCCUGCCUUCAAGUACUUAAUUGAUUCUACAGGAGAAGAACCAACCUGGAACUUCUGGAAAUACCUGGUGGACCCCAAUGGGAAAGUAGUAAAGGCCUGGGACUCUACUGUCUCUGUUGAAGAAAUAAGACCUUAUGUAACAGAACUUGUAAGGAAAAUCAUCCUGAAGAAGAAAGAUGAAUUAUGACUUUCAAAAAUCCCAGCAUGCCAAUUCUUGAGAAUUAGAGCUGGAGUUUGUGUUUUCACAUUCCAAAAGAGAAUAUAUGGGGAAGGAAAAUAGUGACCAAUGGAAUCUAUAUUCAUCAUCCUAAGAAUGUAGAAAACAGCAAGUUAUCAUGGUCAAAGUAAUUUAAAUUUCCCCCCCCCAAGUGAAUUAAAUUUGACCUUUCUAGGAAAGAAGAACUCAUCAGGAAUUGUUUCUUUCCCAAUUCAAAUUAUUAAUUGUUGGUAACACUAUAG